CUCCAUUCAUUACUAAGUUAGACACAGGUUAGACAGCACGCCUCAAUACUCAACCUCUAUUUCCCAUAACACUGCUGAUGAGUUCUUAUUUCACUACAUGAAGGCCAGACGUUCUGCAGUUCUGGACUAAUAGACAAAGACAACUUUUACAGCUGCUACAUGGAGAUUGAAAGCAUUGUGGCAAACAGUGCCCUGGUCAGAGCCAGAGAAGGUGGCGGGAGUAAAGGCAGGAGCUGGAAAUGGAGAGAGAUGCUUCGCUUCCCUCACAUUAGUCAGUGUGCAGAGCUGGCCAUGAGCACAGAACGAGACUACUACAGUCUCUGUGUGAAGCAGCCAAUUGGAAAGAAGUUGUUUCAGCUCUUCUGUCGGAGUCGGCCCAACCUGCAGACCUUCAUGUCUCUUCAAGAUGCUCUGGACGCCUUUGAGACAAAGUCAGACAAGGAGAGAAAAGAUUUUGGCAUCAGCAUCAUCCAGAGAUUCCUUAUGAGACAGUCCAAUCAGUGUGUGUCCAUUGUGUUGAAGCAUGAACAAAGCUGCAUCCAGAGCCUGGAGGUUGAACCCUGCACUGACGUCUUUCACGCCUGCAGGGAAGACCUACAUAAACACCUCAGUGGAGAGCCCUUCCGACAGUACCAGGACAGCAUGUUUUUCGACCGCUUUCUGCAGUGGAAGAUGGUGGAGAGGCAGCCCAUCACCAAGCAGUGCUUUAGGCAGUACAGGCUGCUGGGCAAAGGAGGGUUUGGAGAGGUGUGGGCUUGUCAGGUACGAGCCACAGGAAUGAUGUAUGCCUGCAAGAAGCUGGAGAAAACCCACGUGAAGAAGAGGCGAGGAGAGGCCAUGGCUCUCAAUGAGAAACAGAUACUGGAGAGGCUGGACAGUCGGUUUGUGGUGAAUCUGGUGUAUGCUUAUGAGACCAAGCAUGCUCUCUGUAUGGUUCUGACUAUGAUGAGCGGUGGUGACCUGAGGUUUCAUAUAUAUAACAUCGGCAAGCCUGGCCUGGACAGAAAGAGAGUGCGUUUCUAUGCUGCAGAAGUCUGCUGUGGUUUAAUUCACCUCCAUCAGAUGUCAAUAUUAUACAGAGAUCUGAAACCAGAAAACAUUCUCUUGGAUGACAACGGACACAUCCGCAUCUCUGAUCUGGGUUUGGCUGUGAAGCUGUCUGAGGGGAGUCUGGUGAGAGGCAGGGUGGGCACGCUGGGAUACAUGGCUCCUGAGGUGAUCGGCCUCGAGCAUUACGGGAUGAGCGCCGACUGGUGGGGCCUCGGCUGUCUGAUCUACGAAAUGACCGCUGGGCAGCCGCCAUUCAGGGCAAGAGGAGAGCACCCAAAGCCCCCAGAGAUGGAAAGAAGGAUCCAGAAAGAGCAGGAGGAAUACGGUGACAAGUUCAGUCAGAACGUGAAGAACCUCUGCUCCUUGCUGUUGACCAAGGACCCAAAAGAGAGGCUGGGCUGCCAGAGGUCAGGUGGCAGAGAGGUUCAGUAUCACCCUUUCUUCCGGAAGAUAAACUUCCGGAUGCUGGAGGCAGGACUUGUUGAGGCUCCAUUUAAACCCGAUCCCAGACUGGUGUACUGCAGCGAUGUGCAGGACAUUGAAGAGUUUUCCAUAGUGAAGGGCGUCACUCUGGAUCACACAGACAGCAACUUCUACUCCAAAUUCAACACAGGGAAAGUUCCCAUAAGUUGGCAAAAUGAGAUAAUAGAAACGGGUUGUUUCGGUGAGCUGAAUAUUUUUGGCCCUGUGGGAUCUCGCUCUCCAGAUCUGGACUGGUCCCAGGUCCCCGUGGUCCCCAAAGUCCCUAAACGUCGCCUGCUUGACCGAAUCUUCCGCAGACAUGUAAGGACUCAGCUUACGGUCUCUGAAAGUGAGUGUGUUUAUAUGACACUUGAACAUUUAUUUCCUCCCAUAGAACUCUAUGGAUUCAUCAGACAAAAGCAGAGACAGCUUGGUGUCCAAUAACAGCUACGUGAGGUCAGAACUCCUCAGCUCUACACUCUGAGGAGAAUCUCAGCACAGAGACUGUUUUUAAGAAAAAAAACACAGCAAUCCAGUGUAGCAGCAAAGGGCUUGUCCCCCUGUAAAUCAAAGCACUAUACUCACACUUGCUUCUUCAUCCGCUCUCAGGCAAAACCGAUGUAUAAUUUACCUUCUGUUACGCACAGUAGCAAUGCAUCAUUUUAAAAGCAGAAUGUGCCAUUUUUAAGUGUGUGAAUUUUGAUACAAAGAGGAUAGCAUGUGGAGCUACUUAAUUACCUACUGUACUGUUUUAGCUGAAACAGCUGAGCCUAAAAUAAAGCUUUUUUUAAUGUAGUGGUUUUCCCCAACACUUUUAUGCAAAUUAAAUUUAAUAACAGGAAAAGCUAACAUCAGACUUUUUGCUCUUUUAUUGUGACAUACUGAACACUUCACUCUUUGGGGUAUCUUAAAAACCCUCUAAUGUGUCAAAACUGAUCAUAAUUCUUGUCCUGACAAAAGGCAUAACCUGUGAUAAGAAGUCACGUGGUGGCCUUGAUUAAAAUGUUAAAACACGGAGUUGAUUAGUUGUUCAUCUGGAACAACUUUGAAGGAAAUGGCAGAUUUUUGUUGUUACAUUGUUUCAUUCUGUGGUUUAUUGUUUUAAAAAUAAAUAAAAAAUCUUUUGGAUUUUGGA